GGCCGGGCUCCCCGCCGGCUCCCCGGGGGUCACCUUCAUGGGCGGGCGGUAGCGCGGGGCCUGCGAGGCGCCGCGGCGGCGGCGGGGCCCGGGGCCAUGUUCGUGCAGGAGGAGAAGAUCUUCGCGGGGAAGGUGCUGAGGCUCCACGUGUGCACUGUGGAGGGCGCCGAGUGGCUGGAGGAGGUCUCGGAGGACACCACGGUGGAGAAGCUCAAGGAGCGGUGCCUCAAGCACUGUGUACCUGGGAGCUUGGAGGAUCCAAAAACUGUGACACAUCAUAAGUUGAUACAUGCUACUUCUGAGAAGGUGCUGACUGACACAAAAACAGUGUUAGAAGAGAACAUUCAAGAUAGAGAUGUCUUGCUCUUAAUAAAGAAGCGUGCACCACCUCCGCUACCCAAAAUGACAGAUGUGUCAGCAGAGGAGAAAAGGAAACAGGAACAGAAAGCUCCUGAUAAGGAUGCUAUUCUCAAAGCAACUGCAAAUCUGCCUUCUCGCAAUGUGGAUCGCACUGUGGCCCAUCACAACAUGAGGGAUUUUCCUUUCUUGCAGUUCCAGACAGAGCUCCGGAAGAUCUUAGUUUCUCUCAUAGAAGUUGCACAGAAAUUGCUAGCACUGAACCCAGAUGCAGUUGAGCUGUUUAAGAAGGCAAAUGCCAUGCUGGAUGAGGAUGAGGAAGACAGAGUGGAUGAGAUAGCUCUGCGACAGCUUACAGAAAUGGGGUUUCCAGAGAGCAGAGCUGUCAAAGCCCUUCGAUUAAAUCAUAUGUCGGUGACACAAGCCAUGGAAUGGUUGAUAGAACAUGCAGAUGACCCUACAGUGGAUGCUCCACUUCCUGGUCAGACUCCAUCAGAAGCCACAGCUGAAGCUGGUGCAUCCUCUGCUGAAGCAACUGCAGGUCCUAGUUCAGAAGCUGAUGGGGAAGAGGCCAAAGAUGAGCUGACAGAAAUAUUCAAGAAGAUCCGGAGGAAAAGAGAGUUUCGUCCAGACCCACGAGCUGUUAUUGCCCUGAUGGAGAUGGGUUUUGAUGAAAAAGAAGUGGUAGAUGCACUGAGAGUAAACAACAACCAGCAAAAUGCAGCUUGUGAAUGGCUGCUGGGAGACAGAAAGCCUUCUCCAGAGGACUUAGAUAAGGGAAUUGACACCAAUAGCCCUCUCUUCCAAGCCAUCUUAGAAAACCCCGUGGUACAGUUAGGGCUAACAAACCCUAAAACUCUACUAGCCUUUGAGGAUAUGCUUGAAAACCCCUUGAACAGCACUCAGUGGAUGAAUGAUCCAGAAACUGGGCCUGUCAUGCUACAGAUCUCUCGAAUCUUCCAGACCCUGAACCGCACGUAGAUGGGAAUGCUGGUCCACUGUGCCACUUUCUACUGUCCUUUGCUUCACCUUUCCAAUAGGAGGAAGCACGGAUUGCUGAGGGUGGGAGUGGAGAAAAAGCGUUCUGUCCAAAUGGGUAUCUCACAUGAGAGCAUAUGUAGUUAUGGCCAACCCGAAGUUAAUUGCCUUGUGGAUUUAGUGUUAGUGAAAGAGGUUUGAAGACUUAUUUUUGUUUUCAAGUGUUAGGUUGAAAAUAAAAUAUAUCCAAAUAUAGGAAAAGGUUUUGUGAAAACAAUUAAGAAUCUGAUUGGCGAGAAAUAUGAUGAUACUACUCAUGUUUUAAGCUCCUUAGUAAAAAGGCCUGUGACAGUAGUUUACUAGCCAGUUUCAUUAGCAUCUGGCUAGCGUUUACAAGAGGUCACUGACCACUAGCAUAGGAUAUUAAUCAUCUCCAUACAGUAUUAACUUAUGGAUAUAUCAAAUUAUAAAAUGCUUUUUAAAAUUGAUUCUUAGGAAAUGUUUUUAAAAGUCCAAAUAUUGGGAGAGCAAGCACAUUUCUAUCCAAAAUUCUGUCUUGCAUUAUAAUUUAAACAAUAAUUCAUAGAUGGAAUUCCUUUAAUAAAUAGCAUUACUUUUUCCUAUUUAUUUUCUGUGUUAGUGUUGUUCCAGUCCUACAGGGUUUAGACUUGUAGGUGAUUCUCUGUUGGCUACAUUAAAGAUGCAGUAUCUCUUUCAUGACAGAACUUGCAGCACCAGCACUGGGAUUCUCAAGUGCUGUAAUUCAUAAGCUUAUAUUCUGCCAUAUCCUAGUGCAAGGAGGAUAUAUUCACACUGUUUUUUUUCCAUUUUGAUGUGUGUGAUUUUGGAAAAGGAGACUUACAUUGUUGAGUUUAUUUUUCAGACUCUGUUUACAAAAAGAUACUGAUUUGCAUGAGUUUUCAUUGAAUGGUAAUCUGCAAAUAAGCAGAAAUGCUUAUGUUUUUAUCUUGCUUAAGGUAUUUAAAAGCACGCUUGAAAUUACUAUCUUUGAGAUGGAAGCAUUUUUUCUCACCACUUUUUUUUAACCCUGGAGAUAUCAAGAAUGUCGGGCUAUGUUGUUGCUAGUUUUAUCAGAAGACUGACUUGAGAUUUCAGACAGAAAUUGAGAGCCUCUAACAAAAGAAGUUGCUAGUGAAUAUCUAGAUUUUGUUAUAAUUGGGCUGUGGAGAUGCUUUUUAAUAGUCUAAAAUGUUUUUUCUUUGCAACUUAGUGCCACAUGAUUUACAUCUGUCAUAAUCUGUCAAGUCUUGUAAUCCACAGCCUUUUUCCAGAAAGGCAGGCUAUGCAAGCCCUACUUCUCCAAAAUAAAGAGCAGCCAGAGAGAGGUCCUGUUCUUAAAUAUCACAAAGGUAUCUGUCAGAGGGCUGUCCUGAAUAGCUCUGCACUGUGGUUUUAAGUGUGUUUUAUGCAUUGUUGGGUUUUGUGUGUAUGUUUUGGGUUUUUUGUUUGUUUUUAAAAGAAAAAUGCAGUAAAAUAUAACCUGAAACCCUGCAACAAGUUUUGGCCUGAACUUGGCAUCUGAUCAAUGCUAUUAUGCAGCCGAGGCACUGAAGUUGCCAAUUUCACAUAAUUAAUAUAUGAAGGGUGGGGAAAUCAAAACAGCAUGAGAUUUUAUCUUGGCUUACUAUCCCAGUGUUUUUUAUUUUUGGCUUUUGUAAUUUCAUAUUAAGCUUGCACUGCAUGAGUGUUAAAAUAUUUACUUUUACAUCUGAAAAUUCAGAGUUUUAUAGAGAUUUAUCUUCUCAAAUUGGACAGUAACACUCCGUUUUGGGACUCUUGUUAAAAACAGAUCAACAGCAUGACAUGAAAUUGUAACUUUUUUUUGUACAGCUGUAAAAGCCAGGAGCCUGAUCCUGCAGCCCUGUGAAUUUGAUGCAGCUACUCUUGAGUAGUUGUGACUAAAGGUUGUGGCAUUAUAAAAAGGUUUUUUUCUCAUUCCCUGCAGUUUUUGGUGGGUAAUACUGCCAGAGAACAUUUUUACUACUUAAAAUUCUAAGUGUCUUUCCCUGCUCAGUCAGGAUUCUGUUAGUGAUUCUUUCUGGAAGAUUAGAAGCUGGGAAAGAAAAACUACUCGGUAACGUUUUUUGGCUUUUGUGUAAACAAGUACAAGUUCAGACUUACUGAACAGAUACCUGGGAAACAGUCAUGGCCUUUUAAUAUGAGCCUUUACAUUCUUUGGAGACUGUUUCCAUGCUUCUGUUAUUUCAGUGAUACAUGAUUGGACUCUGGAGUGACUGUAGAGAGCUUCUAGACAGACCAGACAAGGAUCAUCUCUCAAUUUUAAAUUAAUCUAAAAAAUUGGUCUCUGGUUUGCUCAAGGCAGAAUCUAGUUGUGAUAUGGUAAGAACAAGCAACCCACUUUGCCUGUUGCUACUGACAGAGAAGAAUGUGGAUGAUUAACUUGAACCAGCUGCCUGAUUUUUAGAUGGCUGAAGUUGAGUGGAUUCCCAAUAUACAGAGUCUAACCAGCUUCAGAGGAGCAGAGUGUGGCUCACUCUUGAGGAUGAAAGUUCUCUCUGCAUUAACCCCACAGCACUGGGAUUGAUCAGUGUGUGAUACUGCCAGUGCCUGUUACUAAACUGUGCAUCAUCUUCAGUGUUGGUUUGAUCAGGGUGAUACCUUAUCAGAGCUGCCUUCCUUAGUAUGCCAGAGCAGAAUCAGUGCCAGUGAUUUUGGGUUUUUUAACAGAAUAAAAGCAUCAGGAAAGCAUAAUCAUGUAACAGAUGAAGGUAAGAAUGCCCAGCCUUACCAACAUAACCUAAUGCUGCAACUGCAGUUAGAAACCUUAUGGAUUAAAGGCAUACUGCAUCUUUAAAACACUUGAAAGCUUGAGAAUAUGGUUAUUUCUGGCUCUCCUUCCACAGCGCAACACUUACACAGCUUAAGUGUUAGUGUGGUUUUUUUCCUGAUUUGCCAAAACAUUUUGUUUCUUGGUAUGGUUUUAGCAAAGUCUUGCUUGUCUGAGAACAUAAUUUGCCAGUAGCUUAAAUAGGCCGGAACCUAUGAGGUAUGACAUUUCCAGCAAGGCCCAGGAGUUGAUUUAAAACAAACAAGCAAAAACUAUCCUUAAGGUUAAUCUAACAUUCAAGAAAUCGAUAACACAAUAGUGUUGUCUUUUGGAUAUGAAUUUGCGCUAGACUAUGGAGCUGGGUGUAUUGCUACAUCAUGAUGGUUAAUGUGUGUGUUUGGGGACAGGGAUUAAGUCCAUUUGUGCUUGAAAAAGUAUUGAUCAUCUUUUCUCCCUCCCUCCCUUCCCUCUUCCGUUUCCGCACCUCCCCACCUCCUCCCCCCCCCCCCCCAAAAGAAAGGAAACAGGAAAAAAAAUCACUGUUACUGAGUUAGCCUGUGCAGAUACAGGUCUCCAGGCACAAAGAGUGUGUAGCGAGACCACUGCCUGGGGACAAAGUGUCUUGUUCUGUGGCUGAAGGGUGGAGGACUGGUGGUUCUGGUCUUUAAACCAGUGACAGAUCCCUAAGUUUUGUGAGGAAGAACUACUUGCAGGAGUAAGGAUUUGCAGGUUCAUGUCCUGUGCUUGUAUCUGUUCAACUUAUAACUAGCAAAGAUAUGUCCCGUUUGGGUAUCUCCUAACAAGGGCAAGAGAAUAUUUGUAAGACCCAUGAAAUCAAGGAAAAGCACGGAAAUGAGUGGUAGGUGACUCAUCCAAUGCAGUAUCUGUUUCUUACUGUUAUUCUAACUCUAUGCCCCAUCAGUUCAUACAGACAAUCUUCUACCUUUUGAUAUUACAUGACUGUUGAAAGCUAGCUAGCUAUUUAUUUAAAUAUAUAUAACUUAUAAUUUUUGUCAUCAAAGCUUUGAUAUUUUUAAUAGAAAUGUACUAUAUGGAAGUUUGUUCUCAGGGCUUCAUAUUUAUACUCUCUUUAUAAGGGGGAUGUAUUUAAAGGGAUGUAUUUGGAAAAAAUGCUGUUGGCCACUUUGCAGCUUGGACCUUGAUUGGUCUUGACCUGUGAGACUGAGCUAGCAUAAUUCUCCUGAUAAGCAUCUAGUGUUAGAUGCAGUCCAAAGAAUCUGCCAUUCUUUUCUCUCCCUGUGAGUAGUGGUGUGAGUCUUCCUUUAAGAUUGCCGUAUUGUUACAUCAAAAUGGUCACACAAGAUUGCCCAGCCACUUCACAGUUUGCUGAUCUUUACACCAUGUCAAGGACACUUCUGUUCUCCAAGCAGCUGGAAAAUUAACUUGCGCUGUUCCUAGUACAGUCAUUAAUAAAAUCCUACUGUUCUGGGAAGGUGCGAGGUUCAUUCCUUCCAGAGCUCUUAAACCUCCAGCUAAUUGCAUCUUCUUGGCUGCUUGCAGCCUGUCUUGGGUAUGUCCCAGAAGCUUGACCCCCAUUUACUCUCCUCAUUCUCACAGAACCAAACUUGUCUUUGGGGAAUUGAUCUUCAUAUCCAAGAAAUACUUAAGCGAUUAUUGAAAUCCUUUUUAUUUGGAACAGUCUUUUUUUUUGGGGGGGGAGGGAGGGCUGAGGAUCUUUAAUACAUUUUGAAAGUUGUUUAAAUAAGCAUUGCACCAAAUGAAUGUAUUAUAACACUGUCAGCAAAUGUUGCCUGUAGAACAGGUACAGAGGUUCACAGUGAUCUCAGUUUCAGUGGCAGCUUUCCAAGAGUCGUGCGCGUGGGAUAGUUUCUCAUCCAAAGUAAAAAGCUCUGUUUUUCUGCUUUUAAUAAAUGGCAAUUUUAUUAACUGGUAGAGUAGCAGCAUUUGCAGCCGGGUAUUUCCAUCCAGUUUUAAGUCCUUAUGCUUUGAGGUGUAAGCAAACUACUAACUGAAUGCUCCUCUCUGGGCCGAUGAUUCUUCUGAAGCGGUUGUGUUGGCUGUUGUCGGAGCUAGGACAGUCGGUUGGCUCGGCCAGAGUAGCACUCCCUGUGCUCCUGCGGAGGCAAAGCAAGCUGCGUGUAGCAAGUCCACGUGAACGUGGUGUCGUGGCUGUUGUUGUUACCUGCAUCCUGAUAACCAGGUAUAACAAAAGAUUUGUGAAGGACCUCUUGCCGGAGACUUAAAGAUCUUCAGUGCAGAGCCUGUUUGCAGCAUGUGAAUUUCAAUAAGCAUAAAUGCAUUUAAGUUCUUACUGAAUUUAGAUAUAGUUUUAUAUCAUGUUUUGGGGAGAGGAAAGCAAUUGGAUCAUGUUUUAAACUAAGCCCCACAAAACCAAGUGUCUCUUGUUGCAACAGGUAACAGAGGCAGUUAGUGUUUUUUAAUUUGCAUAUUUUAUCAUAGUUUAAUGAGCUGUACAAGAAUGUGAUUUGCCAUCCAGCACUUACCACACAGCCACACCAGUAAAAUUAUAUUGCAAGGUACUGACUUAACAUUUUUCAUUUCACCUGUGUAUAAAACAAUUAGGUACAGCGUACGGUAACUUUUAUAUGGAACUGACACUGAUGUGUGGCAUGCAGAACUGUUUCUAGGAUGUAAUGUUACUUUUAUGAAGCUUAGCUAGGGCAGACACUGAGCCUGUGGAAUUCAGAGUUCAUUCUAGACACACUGGCGUGGGUCACUGGCCUCUCCUGAGCUGGGGAAAACCAGCAGGCUUUGCUGCAAAAUCAAGAAAUUGCUGCUAUUCUGUUACCCUUCUAAGCAGUCAAAGUGGUGUCUACUGAAGUGUAUUCCUAGAAGUCAGCAGGGUUGUUGGCAAAGCCAGCCCUGUUCAAACCGAAACCCAUUGCCUGCCUGGAGCACGUGGCGAGGUCAUACCUGUGAGCGAGACUAGAAUGAACACUGAGUCUUUAAACCUGCUCACUCACACUAAAGACACUGAUGUUGUGUGUUGUAAAUUUAUAAUAUAUCUUAAAAAUAAAGUUUUUUGAUUUAUUA